CUUUGCACAACGAAGAAGAGAAUCAUGGUCUUUCUCCCCAGCGCUUCCGUGCUUAGCGCGGUUCUCCUCGCAGCCAGCCCACUUGUUGCAGGCAACCCUAUCAUCCAUUCCCGCAAAGAGGAAAACAACCUCCCGAUCGAUAAGAUUCUAGACCCGGGCAUGAACAAGGGCAAAUGCAACGAUUUGUCUUGGGACGAAAAUAGAAAAAAGAUAUGGGACAGUGGCAACGGAAAAGAAUUUCUUGAUGCCUGGAUCGACAAAAAUGACAAGGGCCAUGGUGCUACAAAUGGCUGGCCACAGAGCCUGUAUAGCAGUAUUUUUCCAUCAGCUGAUCAGAGUGGAAUGAGUUGCAUCUCAUAUGGUGCUGAUUGCGAUAUCGAAGGCGACUGCAAGGCCUUUCAAGACAAGGGCAAUGCUGGCGCCUUCUACAUCCUCAAAUCGGUCAAGAAUUUUCAUCUGUAUCUUGCCGAAUAUGAAAAAAGGACAGAUUGGCUCAGGGGGAAACUCUUGACUGAUGUUGACACCAUCGCACAUGACUUUGCUGUGCCAGCUCCAAAGGCAGGCUCUCUCUUGAUCAGCACGGCGAUGGCUGGGUCUCUCGGUAUUGCCGCGACUGGUCUCGGAGCUAUUGGGCCUCAGGCUCCAGCUAUGGCGAUUGCUGGUAGCAUGGUCAGCAUUUUCGGACCCAAAAUCGAGGCAAUGAACCCGCCCCCAGAAGACAGGAAUGGCGACACCACCAGAAUGCUACAGUCUUGGAUUAACUCAACGGUUGAUGCCAUGGCUGACGAGGUCAAGACCGUCCGUCGAGCUGUUUUCGGCGGUCCCGGAGGUAACCAAUACACCGAGAUCAACGAUAUCUACAAGGUCAAAGAUUACAAAUCAAAACAUCCCAUCACAGCCGUGUUUGGUGACGGUCGCUGGUUGAACGAGAACCCCACCGCAGGCCUCGAAGACUUCUUCAACAAAGCAUACUCCUCCGCUCGCCAGAUCCUCGCAUUCAACGCUCUCAAGUCUAGCUACGACACCCACGUCAUCAUCAAUGAACGCGACAACGACGAGAAGAAAUGCAACGAAAUGAAGAACAACGUUUGGGACAAGGACGCUAAGCCAUACCCCUACUGCUACGGCAUGAUGUGGUUGGACGGCAAGGGCCAACUCAAAGGCGGCAUCAACGAAAGGGCCGAGCCUCUCUGGGACAUCUACGGUCUUGAUAAACUCAAGACCUACCGCAACAUCUUCGAUUGCUGGCACAAGAACUCUGGAGAGCCGGGAAAGUUGGAUACGAACAACAAGGAUGACACCACUGGGCUGCAGAGAUGCACCUUCAGUAUGGAUUUGAAGAAGGGAAGCUGGGUUGAUGACAACAAUGACUGCUAUGGUGGCGCGACUAUCGCACUGGAUACAGGCUUCUUGAACUUUCCGGUCGCUUCGGACGACUACCAGAAGAAGCGCACCAACUGGCCUCACGAGGGGAGGUCGCAGUCUCUCUUCUGUAACAAAUAAGU